AAGGAAGAGGUGAGCUCAAAUCACUAAUGCAUGACGAGCGUUCUAGCUCUUCACAAGAUACUUGUAUUAAUUUUUUACAUCACAAACAAUUACCGCAAAACUCCCAAAACAAUUAUACGGAAUCAUUAUCCUCUAAUCAUACUGACAAUGAACAUUUUAAAGAUUUACAAAACGAUUCAAUUAAGUCUGAUGGUUGUAUUGAAACAAACAUUGAAAACCAAUUACAGUCUAUAAGAAAAAGAAGCACGAAGAGUUUAAUGCGAUGCAAGAAAUUACCGUCAAAAGCAGAAAACAACGUCUACAACAAUUAGCCGGUUAUAAAAUAGAAUCCCGUCCUAGCCAUUUAAAUACAUCAAUUGAAUCGGAUACCGAGAAAGUUGAUUGUGAUAAUGAUGUUACAUAUAUAUUGGGAGAUUCCAUAAUAAAGGAUGUUAAAGGGUGGAAGCUUGGGAAUCAAUUCAACGAUAAGACAAAAGUUAUUGUUAAACCAUUCUCUGGAGCAAAAAUAGACGCGAUGAAUCAUCAUGUGAUCCCCUCACUAAACCAAAAGCCUAAUAGAGUUAUUUUGCAUGUCGGUACAAACGACAUACCAUCUAAAAAGACUCAUCAUCAAAUCUGCAAUGAUAUUUUGUCUCUGGCUUUGAAAAUGAGUGAUAAAACCAAUGUUAUCAUAUCAGGAAUCAUUGAACGCGAAGACAGAUAUAAUGUAAAGGUCAAAGCGGUAAACGAGCUACUCAAAUCAAAAUGCCAGGAGCGAAACAUUUGUUUUAUUACUCAUACUAUAUCUCCAAAACUUCAUCUAAACCGAAGUAAUCUUCAUCUGAAUCGAAAAGGAACCUUGUUGCUAUCCCAAAAAUUUGUUGACACACUAAAGAAAUAUCAAAAUGAAUGA